AUGUUGUCUGAGAAAGAAUUGUUUGAAUUGAACAAAAAAGCCGUCACCGAGGGCUUCAAGAUUAAGCCUAGAAUCAACUACAACACUGUCGGCGGUGUCAAUGGUCCUUUGGUCAUCUUGGACAAUGUUAAGUUCCCACGUUUCAAUGAGAUUGUGAACUUGACCCUUCCUGACGGAACAGUGAGAGCCGGUCAGGUUUUGGAGGUCAGAGGUUCCAAAGCCAUUGUCCAAGUCUUCGAGGGAACUUCGGGCAUUGACAUCAAGAAGACUCGUGUUGAGUUCACUGGUGAGAACUUGAAGAUCUCAGUGUCUGAAGACAUGUUGGGUCGUGUUUUCGACGGUUCUGGUCGUCCUAUUGACAAGGGUCCUAAGAUCUUUGCGGAGGAUUACUUAGACAUCAACGGUUCCCCUAUCAACCCUUACGCCCGUAUCUAUCCCGAGGAGAUGAUUUCGACUGGUAUCUCUGCCAUUGACACCAUGAACUCUAUUGCUAGAGGUCAGAAGAUUCCUAUUUUCUCUGCCUCUGGUUUGCCUCACAAUGAGAUUGCCGCUCAAAUUUGUAGACAAGCUGGUUUGGUCAGACCAACCAAGGACGUUCACGAUGGUCAUGAGGAGAACUUCUCUAUUGUUUUCGCUGCUAUGGGUGUCAACUUGGAAACUUCCAGAUUCUUCAAGCAAGAUUUCGAAGAGAACGGAUCUUUGGACAGAACCUCUUUGUUCUUGAACUUGGCCAAUGACCCAACCAUUGAAAGAAUUAUCACUCCUCGUUUGGCUUUGACUACUGCUGAGUACUUGGCUUACCAAACUGAGAGACACGUCUUGACUAUCUUGACCGAUAUGUCGUCCUAUGCCGAUGCUUUGAGAGAAGUCUCUGCUGCUAGAGAGGAGGUUCCAGGUAGAAGAGGUUACCCAGGUUACAUGUACACAGAUUUGUCUACCAUCUACGAGAGAGCUGGUAGAGUUGAGGGUAGAAACGGUUCCAUCACUCAAAUUCCUAUCUUGACUAUGCCUAAUGAUGAUAUCACUCACCCUAUUCCAGAUUUGACCGGUUACAUUACCGAGGGUCAAAUUUUCAUUGACCGUCAAUUGGACAACAGAGGUAUCUACCCACCAAUCAAUGUCUUGCCUUCUUUGUCUCGUUUGAUGAAGUCCGCCAUUGGUGAAGGUAUGACCAGAAAGGACCACGGUGAUGUGUCCAACCAGUUGUACGCAAAGUACGCUAUCGGUAGAGAUGCUGCUGCUAUGAAGUCCGUCGUUGGUGAGGAGGCCUUGUCUGCUGAGGACAAGUUGUCUUUGGAAUUCUUGGAGAAGUUCGAGAAGAACUUCAUCUCUCAAGGUGCCUACGAAGAUAGAACCAUCUUUGACUCCUUGGAUCUUGCUUGGUCUUUGUUGAGAAUCUUCCCUAAGGAGAUGUUGAACAGAAUCAGUCCAAAGAUUUUGAACGAAUUCUACGAGCGUGCCAGAGACUUGGAUGACGAUGACGAGGAUGAAAGAGAGGACGCUGACAAGUCUCACGACUUGAUCGACGCUUAA